AUGGAGGGCGGCAAGCCGACCAUCAUCACCAACGCCGAGGGCGGGCGCACCACGCCAUCUGUGGUGGCGUUCACCAAGAACGGCGACAGGCUCGUCGGGCAGGCGCCGGCAGCAGCGGCUGCAGCUGCGGCGGCGGCGCCGAUGGCUGCCAGCGGCGACGGCUUUUUGACGCUCGGUCUCAUCGCCAAGCGCCAGGGCGUGGUCAAUCCUGAGAACACCUUUUUCAGUGUCAAGCGCUUCAUCGGCCGCAAGAUGAACGAGGUUAGGGACGAGUGCAAGCAGGUGCCCUACCAGGUGGUCGAGGGCGACAGUGGCAACGUGAAGAUCAAGAGCCCAAACGCCAAAAAGGAGUUUGCGCCGGAGGAGAUCAGCGCGCAGGUCCUGCGCAAGCUGACGGGUGACGCGGCCAAGUUCCUGUCUGACAAGGUGGACAAGGCCGUCAUCACCGUGCCGGCUUACUUCAACGACAGCCAGCGCCAGGCCACAAAGGACGCGGGUGAGGGGCGGUUGCUGGUGGUUCGGGGUGGUUGA